AUGCAACAACCACAACUACUCACCAACCGAAAGUCGUUUCGCUCCCGUAAGAUUGACAACAAGAAACCACUACGAUUAUAUUGGGAGCGUGAGCUAGAUGACAUUGACGACUACUCUACCCAGAUAAGAAGUGCGCCACCUAUUGAGACAGGUGUAGAAAAAGAAGAGGAGGAGGAAGUUCAUUUACAAGAGGCACUAACCGCAAAGGAAGAAGCCUUCAAAACCGGCAAAAAAGUUGAAAAAUCUAUACCCGUUCCGGAAGCCAUAACAGAUUUAGCGGAAUACGAAGACUUGUACAAAGAGAAAAAUUGGGAGGAUCCCAAAGCAUUUGUGAAAUUCUCUGAAGACAUUGAAAGUUCUACAGGAUGUCCAUAUACCCUGACGGACGACGAUCUCGAUUGGAUUGAAAGUUAUAACAAUAAGGCACCGGAAAAGGAUAAGUUGGAAGAAGAUGAGCUCGAGUGGAUCCUUUAUCAGUUAGAGUUGAUAGCAAAUCGAAGACUUCGAUGCAAGAAGGAUAUUAGGAUACUACCUAGUCUUCAAGAUAUGGAAAGAACUUUUACAGAUUCCAUUGCCCCGCUUCGUCGUAAAGUCAAAUGUGUGUAUCCGUACUGGAAAGAGUGUAGGGUCAAGCGAAAUGGUGGUGCAAUGGCACCAAUUGUAAUGACUGAACCAGCAAAUAGUCAAGAAGAAGAUAAUCCAUACGUGUGUUUUCGGCGAAGAGAACUAAAACCAAUACGAAAAACAAGACGAACGGAUGCAAAAUCGCUUGAAAAAUGCGAUCAAUUACAUCUUAAUCUGUGUAAAGCAACGAAUGUACUCCAAAAUUGCCAGAAAUUUGAAAAACGAAAAUUCGCUUUCAUAACCAAUGAACGGGAUAAAUUUACGACAAAAGCCAUGGUUAAAGAGAUGGGUCGAGAAUUAGGAAUCGAUGAUCCAAUAGCCGGGAAACCACCAAAAAAGAAGCAACGAAAGUUAUCACAAGCUUCCAGCGAGAAAGUGCGCAAAACCCAACAGCAACAAUCUACUUCUCAAACUCAAAUUCAAGAAACACGAUCUUAUUGGAUUGAUGCAACAGAUGAUAUAUUUGAACCAUACAAAAAGCAUCAGCCAAUCGAAUAUUACUCAAUUUACUAUCCAUCUGACGAAGAGGAGGCUGCCUCUUCGGACGAAGAAUUCAUUGAAUUACCACGACGCAUAGCAUUUCGAACUCGAAUUGGUCGUGGAGGUCGUGUACUAACGGAUCGUCGUGGAUUCUGGUCACAUCAUAAUAACAAUUGUAGUAAGAGUCAUAGUAAAACUGGUAAAUCCCGGUUCAAGUUCAGAUACGAUGACUGCGACGAAUCAGAAAUUUUCAGUGAUGAGGAUACCAAUUAUUCAGAUAUGAUGCAAAUUGAUGAAAAUGAUUAUAAAGAAAGUCCUAUCAAAUUUACGCUUCUCAACGAAAAGGAUGUCUCAGAUUUAUACAUCAAUGGUAAUGGUAAUAAUGGUGGUGGUGGUGGCAAUGAAGUCAAUGGUGUUCGAAAUGUAGUAGUCAAUGGAGUGACUAGUGUAAAUAAUGGCGUCACAAUAUCAAAUAAUGUAUUUCCUCAGAGACAAGUUUCACGCGUGCAACAACAACUUCAUGCACAGGCUCAAGCUCAAUUAGCGCGACUUCCUACCAUACAUCUUCACACAUUACGAGGCACACCACAAAAUCCUGGCGUUGUUGGAGGAAUGGUUGGCAUGAACCCAACUUCCAAUGUACGAAAUAACAUUCCCAUAUCGUCAUUGGCAGUUAAUAACAACAUGACACGAAACAUGCAACCCAUGAUGAUACGUGGUGGAGUACCUGUGAAUGUGACUAAUUCUGUAGCCAUGAAUCAAUCACAAGGCAUAAACAAUGCGCAUAUUGCGGCAGCAAGCGCGAACAAUAGUCUCGUGAAUAAUUCAAGUCUACAAUCAGCCACAUCACCAAUGGUGCGAGGAGCUGUGGCACAAAUGAUACGUGGUCCAAUCACCACUAACAAGCCUCCACAACAACAAUUCAAUGGUGUCCGAAAUAUCCCACAAAACGGGUUCCAACCAACUCCAAUUCAGAUCCAACAGACGCAAAUGCAAUUGCCUAAUCAUCAUCAAAUAAUGCCAUCUCAAAUGCGACCUGGUCCGCAGCAUAUACGUGGAAAUAAUCUCCACUUGCCUGGCGCUUGGUUUAUGCUAGGAUUUUGA